ACCGGAAGAGGAAGAGAGGUCCUGAUUUUUCAGACGUAGAAGAAUGUGUAUUUAAGUGGUUCAAGCAAUGCAGAGAUGCCAAUGUCAGUACCGGAGGUCCUAUUUUAAAGGAAAAAGCAGAAAAUUUCGCAAAAUCAUUAAGCCACGAACAAUUUAAGGCCAGUAACGGGUGGCUUGAAAAUUUUAAAAAACGACACGAUAUUUCUUUUCGGAAAGUCUGUGGUGAAAGUGCAGGUGUCAGUGAUAAUGUUGUAAAUGAAUGGAAAAUAAAUUUGAGUGAGCUGCUGGAAGGAUAUAAACCAUGUGAUAUAUUUAAUGCAGAUGAAACUGCACUUUUUUACAAAUGUAUGCCAGAUAAAACUUUAACAUUCAAAAAUGAGAAAUGCAGUGGUGGUAAACAUAGCAAAGAACGACUUACACUAUUAUUGGCUGUUAACAUGACUGGUACAGAUAAAUUGAAACCUUUAAUAAUUGGAAAAUCGAAAAACCCGAGGUGUUUUGCUGGUGUCAAAUCUUUUCCUGUUAACUACACAGCAAAUAAGAAAGCAUGGAUGACUAGUGAAUUGUUUGCUGAAUGGCUAUUACGAAUAGACAAACAGAUGAAAAUACAAAAACUUAAAAUUUUAUUGUUUAUAGACAAUUGCCCGGCUCACAAUAUUAUACCGAAUUAUCAAGCUAUAAAAGUAAAAUUUUUACCGCCAAAUACCACAUCAAAGUCGCAACCUUUGGACCAAGGAAUUAUUAAAACGUUCAAGACGCUUUAUAGAAAAGAAAUAGUGAGGAAAAUUAUAAGUGAUAUGGAUGACGAAAAAUCUACAGUAAUCGAUAUUCUUCAAGCUAUGCGCAUUGUUCAUAAGACAUGGAGAAACAUAGCAACGUCAACAAUCGUGAACUGCUUUAGAACGUGUGGAUUUGUACUUGAAUCUGAGAAAGACGACACAUUGAUGCCUAUAAUCGAAAAUACUGAUACGGAUGACAGAGAAUGGGCGAUGAUAGCAAAUCACGACGAUAUAACUGACUCCGUCCGUGGCACUGAAGAUGUUGAUGAUAUCGAAGAAGCAUCAUCUGAGCCUGUGCAUCGUGUUUCAAUGAAGCAAGCAACAGCAGCCCUCAUAUUGCUAAGGACAUUCACCGAACAAUUGAGUAAUGUGGACGAUAAAGUGUACUCUGCUUUAAAUACGGAGGAGGUAAUUAAAUACGUGAAAGAAUAUUUUCGUACUUAUUCUAAACCGAAACGACUCAUUUCCGACCGUGGAACUGCAUUUACUUCGAACGAUUUCAAAACAUUUCUGUCCCGCGAGUCCGUCGAACAAGUAUUAAUUGCUACCGGUACGCCUAGGGCGAACGGUCAGGUAGAAGUAGUUAAUCAAUCGAUAACGCCGAUGAUAGCGAAAAUAGUGAAACACUCCGAUGAGUGGGACCAGGUAUUGUCUAAGGUAGAGUUUGCCAUUAAUAAUACAAUACAUAAAGCGACGGGACAAACGCCUAGUAAACUAUUAUUUGGAAUUGAACAGGUAGGUGAGAUCACUGAUAAGGUACGAUAUGCAUUAGAUGUAUUGAAUGAGACUAAUGAGAGUGUGGAUGCGGAUAAUUUGUUGAAGUUAAGGGAAACGGCAUCUGAUCAUAAACUUAAAACACAAGAGUGCGAUUCAGUAUAA